AUGUCUUCUGUUGACAUCAACGCUAUCGAGGAGAAGAUGAGAAUGGCUUCCCUUGACCAACACCGCGGUUACGCCCAGAACACCUUUGGCGAAGUCCAGCAAUACCGCAACAACGAGCCUCUCCCCAGAUCUCAGGCUGUUGGCUACCAGGUUCUCAAGGAGCCUCUCUGGAACAAAGGACUCGCUUUCACUCCCGAGGAGCGCAUCAACAAGAACCUCACCGGUCUCAUCCCCCACACCAUGGAGAGCCUCCAGACGCAAUGCGCGCGUGCGAUGAAGAUGAUCAACACUCGCUCCACGCCCGUUGACAAGUACCUUUACCUGUCAUCGCUCAAGGCCCAGAACUUUGACCUCUUCUACCGCCUGCUCAUGGACAACAUCCGCGACCUCAUGCCCUUGGUCUACACCCCCACCAUUGGCGACGUCUGCCUGCAGUACUCUACCCUCUACACCCGCCCCGAGGCUCUGUACAUCUCCAUCAAGCAGCGCAAGUCCAUCCGCACCAUGCUCCGCAACUGGCCCUACCCCAACCCCGAGAUUUGCGUCGUCACUGACGGCUCUCGUAUCCUGGGUCUUGGUGACUUGGGUGUCAACGGUGUUGGUAUUUCUAUCGGAAAGCUCGCCCUCUACACCGGUGCUGCCGGUAUCCACCCCGAGAACACUCUCCCCAUUGUCCUCGACACCGGAACCAACAACGAGAACAACCUGAAGGACCCCUUCUACCUUGGCAUCCGCUCUAAGCGUGUCUCCGUUGCCGAGCAGCAGGCCUUCAUGGACGAGUUCAUGGAGGCUGUUGCCGAGGUCUACCCCAACAUGACCGUCCAGUUCGAGGACUUCGAAUCCGAGAAGGCCUUCAACUACCUUGACCGCUACCGCAACAAGUACCGCUGCUUCAACGACGACAUCCAGGGAACUGGUGCCGUCGUCCUGGCCGGUUACAUCAACGCCGUCGAGCUCUCUGGUGUCCCUCUUGAGGAGCAGCGCCUGGUCUUCAUGGGAGCUGGCUCUGCCGGUGUCGGUGUUGCCAAGCAGCUUGUCGAGUACUACACCAAGCGUGGUCUCAGCGAGCAGGCCGCCAAGGACAAGUUCUGGCUGGUCGACACUAAGGGUCUCGUCACCAAGGAUCGUGGCGACAAGCUCGCCGAGCACAAGAAGUACUUUGCCCGUACUGACAACAACGGCCACCAGUUCCGCACUCUCGAGGAGGUCAUCGCCUACGUCAAGCCCAGCGCCUUGGUCGGUCUCACUGCCACCUUCGGUGUUUUCACCGAGUCCGUUGUCCGCGCCCUCAAGGCUUCCGUCGAUGCCGGAGGCCUCGGCCGCCGCCCCGUCCUCUUCCCCCUCAGCAACCCUCUCACCAAGGCCGAGUGCACUUUCGAGCAGGCCAUCCAGUGGACCGACGGCACCGUUCUCUUCGCCUCUGGAUCCCCCUUCAACCCCGUCACCGUCAAGUCCAAGGAGGGCGAGUCCAUCACCUACCACCCCAACCAGGGCAACAACGUCUACGUCUUCCCCGGUCUUGGUCUCGGUGCCAUUCUCGCCAAGGCCACCAAGGUCACUGACGACAUGGUUUACACCUCUGCUGCUUCUCUUGCCGCCUCUCUGAACGCCGACGAGAUCCACAAGGGUCUCAUCUACCCCCGCAUUGAGCGCGUGCGUGACGCCAGCUUGGUCGUCGCCCGCGAGGUCAUGAAGGCCGCCCGCAGAGCCGGUGUCUCCCAGCUUCCCGAGUCCCAGUGGGUCGAGUGGGAGGAGUGGGGUGAUGUCGCCCUCAACGCCUGGAUCAAGGAGCGCGUCUACGACCCCGUCAGCUUCUCCGAGAGGAGCCGUAUCUAA